CCUGGGGUUCCUUAACAUGCACCGAAUGCACGGUGCGAGGGCGUUUUCGCAUUUUGCCCUCCCCAUCGAAAUGCGGCCGUCGCGGUCCCGCGCCCUCGGCUCAGCAGCCCAGUGCCAAAGCCACAGUAUACGCCUCAACGGCGGUUUAUCUAUGUACCGGAUACAUAGGGUGCACGUAGGGAAUUUUCAUAUGGACGGAUUACAAGUAUAAUAAUAUAGUGCGUAUGACGUAUUUCUGCACGCAUAAACAAAUGAUCCUUUAGAGGAUGUCUGCAAGUUACGUAGACGAAGAAAAAAACAACACACAUGCACUAUAUCGAUAGAUGUCUGGGGAGUCUUGGAGGGGUCAGCUUUAAUCAAGGCUCAGCGUGACGAAACAUGAUGUGCAUGAAUUAAUCAACGAACGAACAAAUUCAUUAACUAGUAUGUCCGCGGUUGUCGUUGCACAUGGACGUGCACGUAGCUCGCGGUAGUUCAAGGAAACGCAUACAGCCGAUAGUUGUUAAGCGCUUCAUUAUUGUGUCGAGCACCGUCGGAGGCGGAAGCCAAACUGAGCGCCGAGGGAAAAAAGGGCACCCGCUGUGGAGCGUGAGCUCCCCGAAGCUAUAGUGAACUAGAACUAUAGUUCACCAUACCCGAAAGCGGUCUGGAGCAGUAGCCGGUUGCGUCGGGGAGGCGACUCGCCCGAGCGGAACGGGACACAGCAUUAAUUACAUCAAUAUUCGUCGCUGUCGGAAGAUCGACAAGGGCUUUCAUCACCUAACGAGCACAGUAUUUUGACCGCGAACCCAAAGUUAACUCUCUCGAAAAAUGGCCGGUUGUCGUAGCGCGCCAAAGAGGCCGUCAUCAAUGGCCUCUCGCAGCGUGCACUGAUCGCAAUCCGUGUAGACCACAUACCCGAGGGCCACGACAAGCCUACUUCGUAGAUUCUGGCUUGUAGACUCCUUUUAAAAGCCGCAGCUCUCGCUUCAGCCUCAAGGGUGUUUACUCUCCCGUCCAAGGUUUUCGUACCGAUUGUAACCGAUUGACCUGCUAAAACUAUUUUCUCCGAUUCAUUUUCUUUUUUUUUUUGUAGUUGCGGUUUGCCUAUUAACGUUUGCCUAUUCUCACGGCGCUUCCUUUGCACGAAUGCUAGUGUUUUUCUCUUGUGCUUUCAUUUCUGUUGUCACUCGUACAAUACUCACCCGUUUAUUAAUCCCCCGUAGUGGGUGUGCGCCGUAACUUGCAACGAUAGCAGCAGCACUUUGUGCGGAAGCAUUGCGUGCUGAAGGAUUUCAUCCGAAUCCAUUGGCUUUCUAUGGACUAGGUGAAGUCGGCAAUGACGGCUAAACAGGGCCUGCGCACCUGGACGGACGAGCUGCUGAAGCGGCAGGCUCGCGAGCUGACGUUCCACUUCCCGGACGACGCGACGCGGCGCUACCUGUACGAGUCGUGGAUCAAGUACUUCGGCGGCGAGGCCUGCGUCGGGGCCUCCCUGGACAGGCUCGUGCUCAACUGCAUCGUGGCCACGCCGUCGCCCUCCAAUCCCGCGGUGCCCCUCUUCGUCGACAUCGUCCUCGGCGGUGGAGGAAGCGCGCCGCGGCCCGUGGCGGCCCGAGGAGGAAAGCAUGUGCCUGCAGCGGGCUCGCGGGACGCCGCUCCUCCGAAGACCGUCGUCACUUCGGGUGAGGCGGUCGUCAAGGAUGUUCCUGCCGCGACGAAGGGCAAGAAAGACUCUGCCGGCAAGCGGCAGGACGCGCCUUCGAAGGAGACCCAGUCAGUGGAAGCUCAAAGCAAAGACACCACGAUGCCAGCCGGAACUAAAGUUGAAAACAAGAAACAAGCCGAUAAAGACAAGGCGUCUAUAGCUUCCGAUAAAGUUGACUCGGUGAAGAGUGCCGCCAAAACCGACUCGUCUUCGAAAGAAAAGCCCGAAGAGACGAACAACGUUGCGGCUGAGGUCCAAAACACCGAAAAGGUCUCCAAGACCUCCGCGUCCGAAGUCGCGGCCGUCUCAGCCAAACAGGAUGACGCCAAGAAGCCUACGCCGGCGACUGCGCAGUCGGAUUCUAGCAAAGUCGCCAAGGUCAUUUCGACCUCGGAAGGCGAAGAGAAGGAGAACGUCCCAGCAGACGUAGACGACACGUCGUCGGUGGAACUGCGCCGAGGCCCAAAGGACAGUGCUUCCAACAACAACACCGUUCACAACAAGUUCAGCUUCUUCAAGUGGCGUCCCCAGAGCCUGAUGGAACGGCGCAAAACGUACGUGGGAGGCGUCAAGUUGCGCAGGAGUCUGAUGGAAACCGGAAGCGCUCCUCCCAGGGAACGCGGCGCCGUCAAUCGGCAGCCGUCGUUCGCCGCGCCCAGCGCGCUCAAGUUCCUGAUCUACCUUUCGAAACUACUGGAAACCAGCAAGGAGAACCGCGAGGCGCUGGACGAAGCCGGCAUGAUCAUCGGCUUCUGUUCCAUGCUGCUGUCCCUGGUGUCCUUCAAGACGAGGACGCAGGUCGAGUCCUACUUCCGGGACAGGGUCGGCGGAAUCCUUUCGACCGUCGUGCCGUCCGCUUCCUUCCGCGGUGUCGUUCCUGUUCCGAACCGCCGGUUCCUGGAAGUGCUCCACGAGCAAUUGACCAGAGGCUCGCAGCUUCAGACCCAGAUCAGCGUCCUCGCCGUCUGCCAGUACCUCUACUUCAAGGAAGCCGGGGACGGCAAGUUUCCGGAGCUGGACAUGCGCUUCCUCAGAGAAGGCUACAUGAAUCACACCAUCGGAACGGGUCUGGGAACGCUGUCGCUGCUUCGAGCGCUGCAGGAGAAGACCAAGCUGAACCCGGCGGCCAUUCUCAGGUUCCUCAACUCUGACGUGACUCGCGAGUCUUGCGAGCGCGUCGAAGAGUUCCUCAAGCACCAGACGUCGCUGUCUGGGAAGAAGAACACCGGCAGGACAUUCGGAAAGCCGCCGCCGCAGCAGCAACACACGUGGCCCUGGUGCCGCGUCGUCGACCCGAAGCAGUUCUCGAACCUGAUGACCCGGGCGAACGCAUUUUACGCGGUGCGCGUCGUCUGCUGCCUGGACCCUCCGCCGGAAGACCGGAUGUGGAAGAGCGUCGAGUUCGUGCCGGAAGAGGUGAAGAAGCACGAGCGCGAGUGGGGCGACAUGUUCCGGCGGCACCUGAAAGACGGGAGCAUCCGGAAGGCGAGCGACUCGAUGUUGAAGCACCGAGAGGGCGAGUGGGCCCGGGCGCUGGACGCCAUGUACUUCGUCGAGGACUUCGAGCUUCUGUCGGUCGGCUCGUACAAGAAGCAGAAGUCGUUGACGACGGACAUCGACGGUUGUGGAAGCGAUGGAACGGCGGCGACCACGACAGGCGGUACUGCAUAGUCAUUCACCUGUCGACGCACGAAAUGAACGAGACACGUAUACGUGGGGCCAGUACCUUUCGGAAGCUCAAAGCCUGCGUGACCGUGACCUCACCUGCGUAAGCCUGCGAUACAGCAGCAAACGGUGCUGUCCAAGGAGAAGAAACGCAUAAAGCCACUAAACGUUGCCAGUGGGGUUGCCGACGUUGACGUCUCGGCUGUCAGCGUUGCUAAAUAUAUCACGUCGUGGAUCGAAGUACGCAGCAUUGGAGUUAACCACAUGACUUUGGUAACGCUUCCAUGGAAGGUGACUCGAAUGGGAGGUGAUGGUGUCGCAUAUUCGAGUGGUGUCGCAGAAGAUUCACUGAGCGUCGUACGCGAGUGCCACGUGUUUUAUGACUAUGUGGUGAACACUUACGUGCGUUCUUCGAGUGCCUUUGUUUUCGAAAUCUACGUCACCUUGCUUCAACGCCCUCCGCCAUAUUAGGGCGCAACCAAUUGGGUGCAGCCAUGGUUAUACAACAGAUACACGUACAGAAGUACAAGGGAAGGCAGGAUUCAGUCCCUGACAUCCAUACCUCGUAUUUCUAUCUAUCCGUUUCACAAUGCGCGUCAAAUAUUUUGACGUUGUGGGUUCCCGUGGUCGUGGCAUUCUGGUGGUGCCACGGUUAUUUUUGGAGUAUAAGUUUCUGGGUCGUAUGAAUUGAAAGUGCCGUGAGCAUUGUGGCUUCAAGAGGCAACGCACUAUUUUGAAAAUGAAAUGGUAACCGCGGCAUGCGGCACACGUAUUCAAGGAGAUAUGCACAUUAUCCUUCCAGCGGCGCUUUAGCUUUUCGCACUCAUGUUCAGAAUAUCCGAAAGCAGUAGUUGAUUGCUGGUGCUUGCAGCUUUGAAUAUCCAGGCAAGUAUAGCGCUCGCAUGUGUCGCACGAUAUCUUUAGGUGCCACCGCACAGUGGACUGCUAUCCGCCGCUAUCGUACGCGUAGCGUUAUACGCCACGCGUACGAUUUUUAACAGGUUUACUGAAGGACGCUGCUGCACUGGCUAUCUAUAAGUUACGUUUCCCGCAUCUGAAUCUUUCGUUUAUUAACACUGUCUCAGCACUAACCAACCGCGAUGCAGCUCUUCUUGUCACUAUAGGGCCUGGGCGAAAUUAUGUUGCUCAGAAUGAAUGGUUCAGUGCACAUCUGUCAAGCACGUGGUGUCAGAGCGGAGAGACAGGGCGUGGUAUUACAAUUGCAUUAAGCUUACUAGUAUAGGCUUUUGUAGCAGAUGUACAACAAAUCCUGGCACAACAGCAAAUAUUAGAUCAAACAACACACCUUUAAAAAUUGUCCUAUGGCUCUAUGGUGCAAACAUAAGUAUACCCGUACAUUUGUGAUCCAAUAAGAAUGGGAACAUUAAUGACGUUUAGUACGAGAACCUAUAAAACAGAAAAAAGCGUUUCUUUCUGUGCUUUUCAAUUUUUCCUUCUACAUAGCUCGCGUCCUAAAAGUAAAAAAAGGUAUCACCCAACCAGCCCAGCAACAAGUAGGCAUACAAAAGGGAACACCCGAUCAGUGCGCUAAAACAACGGCUACUGCAGAAAUUGAACAUCCGUUCAAACGGUGGUUGCAGAAGUGCGAUUUGAGACGUGUAGCCAUUAUCAUUGUUGAGUGCAGGCUCAGGUACAAUAAUAAUACAAAAAAAUUGAACAUGUCUUACUUAGGCAGACAAAAUAGAAAACUUAUCAAAGGAAUUUGAUAUACAAUGCUAAAUACCAUUCGGUGUACUAAGGACAAAAGGGACUCCCGUCGCGCUGGCUCUUCUGUGGCUUUCUAACAAUUAGCUGUCUUGUCCUUUACGCACGCAUACAAGCGCGCCGUUUUACAAUACUUAGUAUAAGUAUAUAUAGCAGCCUUGACGGACACGCACGCCAUAUUGCCUCCCUAAUCCUUGAAGGUAGGCGCCAUCUGAAUUCCUUUCAAGGAGCUAGCUCUGUUUUCAGUAAAAGUGUCAAGAGGUACUGCCAGUAACUGACGACAGACGGCGCUACGAGCAGCAACUUCCUUCAGAUUUUAGUAACUGUACUUGAUAAUUUAAGUACCAUAGUUCCCUUGUUUUUGUCAAAGACCCUGCUGCACUGCAGUUUCUUCAUUACAGUAUGAAUGCUGGAUGAACGGGCAGCGUUGGACGCAAAAUGCGUGUUCCGGUUCAUAGUGGUCAUCAGAGUGCAAAUGCACGUACUAACGUGCACGCGUGAGGGCGUACAUACAUACAUACAUACAUACAUACAUACAUACAUACAUACAUACAUACAUACAUACAUACAUACAUACAUACAUACAUACAUACAUAAUACAUACAUACAUACAUACAUACAUACAUACAUACAUUUGGCGAGUCUUCGCCAACAGCACAACAACGAAGUCACGAUGAGAACGACGACGACGAGCGCAUGACGACAGCAAAACGACGAUGACGACUGCGUACGACACGACAAUGGCGGAAAAUGUCAUACCCCCGCAUUCCUCUUAGCCUGCCAUUGAGAACGAUUACAGAACGUUACACUGUGACAACACUGCACGAAAUAAUUGCGCAAGUCUUACGCUCGAACUUGGUUCCAGUGGCGCAUUACUGCUCUGCCCCCGUAAGGAGGCCGACAUUGACGAACCAGCACGUACUCAUGCACGUGUCCGUGCAUUGACUUCGUGUGACAGUCAUCAAACGUGUCAACAAUUAUUUUGAUAUAUUGAAUAUGCGAAGAAGUAAGCAGUGCAGUGCGUUCUGUCUUGCCGUUUGCAAAGCAAAAGGGGGACUGCCUACGUAUGGUUUAUGCCAGAGUGCUCAUCUAAAUGUGCGAGGGCGCAUUCUCGUUUUCAGGUCGCUGCCACGUGGUGUAUACAUGCACGCAACUACACGGUGGUCGUAACGCAGCCGGUGCUGUGACGGCGCUGCUGCACUGUCCGUGCAGCUGUGCGUUAAAUUGUGGGCAUACGGUACACACGGCAUAGGUAUGUCGCAGCCAUCAGCGAUGCACCGCGUAUAUAUAUAUUUACUGACAAUCAAUGCCUCUAUAGCUUAGUUCCUACUCCCUAUACAUAUCACAAUUCACAGAACAACUUCCUAUGUGGAGCGCACUGACAGUUCAAAACUUACGCAGGGUUCAGCAGGGUAAACGCGUGCCUUAUUCACAUUUUAAUCGAGAAAUAUGUUACCUUUUCUAUUUGAAUGGUAAUUAACCAUGACAAAGACGUGCAGGCUCAAUAUGGGUAUUGAAGUUGCUUAAGGCUCUUAAGAUAUUGAUUUUACGGCCGUCGCUAUUUUCACGGCAGAGCGCGCAGUCGCACAACAUCGGCUCGACGCUAAGGUCACGUUUUCUAAAUUUUGCACGAUCUAGAUGACCUUCAGCUCAGCGCAAGACCAGCUCACUUGUAAAAAAGCUAGGGAUGACGAGUCAGUAUUCGUCAUGUCUCUGUAGCUCUUACACGUCGCCACCUUGGCGAUCCUUUCCCGAUGUACUAUAUAGCUUCCUCGCCGACUUUGAUUGUUUCAUGCCGUUUCUCUCCAUCAAGCAACGGUGACUGUUCGCAAACUGCUGGUGGCGAAACAUGGCAAAUGCAACAUUUGCAAAGUGUGCACGGAAUGAGGGACUAGUACAAUGGCUACCAGCCGCUGUGCAUAGCUCGGUGACUGUGGUGUUUUAUAUGCUGAACACAAUGUCGCAGGUUCGACUCUUUCGCUCAGGUCGCAGCGGCCGCAUUCUCACGACUGUAAUGCGAACGUCAAAGAAGACCGUCUCAAUUCUUAGAUUUCUGCGCGAAUCGAUUUCAAUUUUGGUUUCAAGCGAUUACCAUGUUAAAUUUGUUUGUUUCAUUGUAUUUUUGUGACGCAUUUCAAUUCGUGCUGCCUUUUUCAUUUUCUUGCAUAAUACACGUGGAAGCUAUCCUUUCCCGCAAACUUUCGAGUGACAUUUAAUUUUUUUUGUGGUCAUUUGCUUUAUUCUCCAGAUUCUAUAGUGGCCACAACCAGUGAGAUGAGAGGUACAAACAAACCGAUCGAGAAGCGACAACGGUCAACAUUUUUAUCCCGCCAAGCACUGAAAUGUGAAACCUGUCACAUUUCUGGCCCGUAAAAUGCAAUCAGUUAUCACUACGUUGAUAAUCAUUCUUACCACAAUAGGUCGGCGGCUAAGAGCACGCGCUGUCAUGCCCCUAUAGCUAGCACUACAACGCACAGUUUGUCUGAUCUGGUAAGAACGUGUUUCGGUGUGACUCGUGCUUUGAAUGAACGCAGUAUAAAUCACCGGGAAGUGUGCGAGUAUAUACAUAUAUAUACACACAUAUAUAUAUAUAUAUAUAUAUUAGAAAUGAUCCAGCGCGCCAGACACGACAGUUUCUCGUCGUAUAACGAACAUUUGUCGUUUCUUAUACUUAGUCAGGGUACCGUCAGGCUACCUAAAAUAUGUCCCGCCCUUGCAUAAAUGUAAAAUUCAAAAUCUUCAUCGUGCAGCUGACUCUGAUCUUUUUUUUACAUUGAUGUGUAGUACAUGCAGAGUGUUUAUAUAUCUCGAGUUAUGCAAGAAGGAGAAAGGUGAUGUGUGCUGAUUUAUGAUAUUCAAUGCCGUAUACAAGGCUGAAUUGUGGGGGCUGUUCUAGGCAUGCCCAUAACCUGUUUGUUGUUGUUCUCACAGGAAUUAAUCAUUUUUCUGGGGAUAUUCUUACACCUAGAUGGCAACCGUCACCUCCUCCUCGGUUACGCCAUUGAUAUUAACAUUCCAUUGUGUCCAUCAACAAAUGGCGACUUCGUGUUGUUUUGUAUGUGCCAUAUAUAGAUUAGCAGGUGCGCUGUAGACUUGCUGUUUAUUCCAGUCAUUAGGCGCAGUGAGGUGCGCCAGAUGAAAUAAAGUCUUUGUUUUCUUUCCACUGA